AGUGGUGCGGCCCGGCGCGGCGGCGAGGCCGGACUGACUUCCAUGAUGUUGAGAGGAAUCGCUCAGGGUGCAAAAGACACAUUCACUCUUCUAUUGAUGAGAUCUCAGAGCUGUAACCCGGGACUGAAGUUUUCAUCAGUAUGGCCUGACAUAGCAAACAGAAGCUUCCUAAUACAUUCCAGUUACACAACUGAUACCACGUCAAGAGAGGAAAAUAAAAAAACCCUGGAGAAUCUCUACAGUUUGUCAGUUGACAUCACGAAGAUACGCAGAGUGAAGGAAUGGGUCCUUCUCCAGGAUGUGGCCUAUGUUGAAGAAAUUGCUGGUAUCUUACAGGAAAUGGGAGCAGAUGCGACCACUGUAGCCAACAUUAUAGAACGCUGCCCUGAGGCAAUUCUCCACACCCCGGCAGAGAUAAACUCUCAAAGAGCUUUAUGGCAAUUAGUAUGCCAGAAUGAAAAACAGCUGAUUAAAUUAAUAGAGCAAUUUCCAGAGUCUUUUUUUACUACUGAGUGUCAGCAGAACCAGAAGGCAAACAUACUGUUUUUUCAAGAGCUGGGACUUAAAAAUAAUAUAAUCACCAGGUUCUUGACAAGUGCAACCAAUAUUUUCUAUAACCCUGUUGAGAAAAACAAAAAUGUAAUAGAGACAUUACAAAGAAAUUAUUUAAAUUUAGGGGGUUCUGAAGCAAAUAUGAAGAUCUGGAUACUUAAGCUAUUGAGCCAAAAUCCAUUUAUUUUAUUAAACACUUCUGCCGCAAUCCAGGACAACUUGGAAUUUCUCCAAAAGAAUGAUUUCACUGACCAGGAAGUUCUACAGCUGCUGUCCAAACUUAAAGGCUUCAUUUUUCAACUUAAUUCUGCCACUAUGGAAAAGAGCAUGCUUUUCUCCAAAAACAUCUUCAAGUGCAGUGAUCAAGAGCUAAAACAACUGGUGCUGAAAUGCCCAGCCCUUCUCUACUAUCCCGUUCCAGUUCUGGAAGAAAGACUUGAAGGACUACUGAAGGAAGGAAUUUCUAUAGCACAGAUUAGAGACACACCAAUGGUGCUAGAGUUGACAACACAAAUCGUUCAAUACCGAAUUAGAAAGCUCUCUGCAUUAGGAUAUGAUAUAAAGAGUGGAAAUCUAGAAAGCUUGAAUGGUACUAAAAAAGAUUUUGAAAUCACUUACGGUAAGAUACAAUCAAAGAAGGAGAGACCAAUUUUUAAUCCUGUUGCUCCUCUACAGAUUGAAGAUUAAUUUGAACGCUGUACUUCAAGUUAUGGAAAAGCAAAUUAAAAGGAAAGUUGGUUGAGAAGAGAUGGAACAAAUGCAAUCUUAAUCAAGGCUGUAGUCUUACACUGUACUUUGUCCUGGAGGAGGUCUUAGGCACUACUUUAUUAUACAAUUGUAGUAUUCUAAUGCUUUCAGAUAAUAUCAUAGAAGUUAUGGUUAUGAUAAAGGUUGCCUUUUUCUAUGAGUACCUCAGAUGUGACAUUUUCUUACCUGAUAGGGCAUUAACCCCCUUAGAUUUUCAGCUCUAUCAGUGCAGAGUCCACCCUGUGGUAGUGAUUAGCACAGUUUUUAUCUGAGGAAGACAAAAGGAGGAUUAUUAUUUUUCUAGCAGUGUUCAUCAAUCUGCUGGUUCACUGUCUUCAGGAAACACUCUUGGAGUUCUUUACUGCUGAAGUAGCUCUAGCUCCUGGAUCCUUACCUGCAACAGACUUGAUUUCUUAGAGAGGAAAGCCCUGUCCUGAGCACGGGGGUGGGACGUGAUGUUUUUUUAUUCAUUGACUGCUACAAUGAGGCCCUAGCAUAUUUGUGUACAAACCAUAAUGCAAAGAAACAAGAUGACAACCUUUACAUUUCUGAGACUUCAAAGUUUACUUAAUUUUCAAAAGGUUUGGGACAGGAGGAAAUAAAUUUAUUGCUAUUGUAUAGUUCUUAAUCUCUUCUAGCAAGGUUUGGGGACAAGAGAAAUUAGAGACUCAAGUCUCAAAUGAUGGUAGGAGAAAAGAGAAAGUCAUGCUUUUCUGUUAGAUGCAAUAAAACUCUAGUCUGUAAACCACUGGUGAUUAAACAUGACUACCAGAUUUGCUAACAGCUGCAACAGUUCCUAAAUAUAUGGGUGGCACUGCUUCUCAUAUAACACCAUAUGACAAUUGGUGACAAGUGCUGGCUUUCAAAAUAGUAACUAUCAGCACUUAAGUUCUCAGGGGAUUUGAUUUCUUCUCAUUUAUGGGCUGUGAAUGAUAAUAUAAAAUAGCAGCAUCACUGACAAUCAUCUCCAUAGAAUUAGGCUCAUCAGUGAUUUUACUUCUCAGACUUUCCUAAGUAGCUAUUCCACACAUAUUCCCUCUUAACAACAGAAUAAAAACCAGCUACACACCACUCUCACUCCCAACAUUUUUCAGGGUCAUUUUUAACAUGCAUUUUGGCAGCAGGUCCAGGCCUCCAUUUCUUAAAAUGUGGUUUGUAAUUGCUGAAGAAAGCUGGUAUUGAAUUACUGGUCCAGAGGGUGGGCUGCAAGAUGGUGAUUUUAUAUAGUCUGCCACGUUAUCUGCUGUGCACUGGGGACGGGCUGGCAACACCUGGUAGGAGCAGUGCCAAGAUCUCAACAGCUGAAGGUCUUAGAGUGGGCACUCUGCAGGCAAGUGCAGAGUGACAGGCAUUUCUGGGGAUAAAUGCCACUCUUGCAGGAGCACAUGCAACAGUGGCAGGAAUUCAAGAAGGGGAUGUAUCACCACCAUGAAAAGAGUCAGGCUGUACUACCAGGCUGUGUCUAUGUUGAAUCUUUCAAAACACAUUAUUGUUUUUUAAGAGGAAACUGGGAAGACAGCUGUAUUAAAAACACACAGGAACUUGCCUUUGUCACUUUCUGACUGUCCUUCCCUGCUCAGCUAUUACGCAGACCACAGUAUUAUCUGAAUUCAAAAGCCUCCUUCCUCUCAGACACAAAGGGAGGGGCGUCUCAGUUCUCCAGAGCUCUUUCUAACAACCUGUAACUAAGCCAGAGACCUGAUUGGUAGGUUAGGAGGAAAAGGAAACUAAGACAUACAACAGUGGUUUCCCUGAAUAUUUAGUUCUAGCAUUUCUACAGGUAUCUGUUUUUACAAAGUUUUGGAAACAGCUUAUUCCCAUCACUUAAAUUAUUUCCAGUGGCAACAGAACAGGAAAAGGAUGUAUUUCCUUAACUAAGUUACAGCCUGAGCUAUCACAAACUCAUUUUGCCUUCCGAAUGUUUCAAUAUCUCUUCCCUUUUCAAAAUAAAAGCCAAAGCAGAAAUGCUCUACUCCUCUACUACCAGUUGAAAAUUGAGUCAAUCCUUCAUUCCUACUAACUCUAUCUGGGGACCUGUUUCUCUCUUCUUCAUAAGAUUCAUUUACAAUAAAAUCUCAGGAAAGCUUCCAGUCCAAAACACUGUGUUGCUGAAAUCCUCAUCUUUUGUUACUCACAGUGACUGUGGACCAGCCUGUGAGUAAGCCUUUCACUACCUAGAGAGCAGUCAGGCAUACAAGCUGCCUUCAUAAACAUUUCCCCUUUAGAAACAGGGACUAAAAAACGGAAAGUGAAAUAAAGCUACCACAAAAACAAUCCCAAGACAAAAGAACCUCACUCCCCCAGAAAAAUUCAGUUCCAUAUUCCAUUCAGUGCACUAUGAUCUUAAAACUGGUUAUUCCCAAGCAUCAUUGACGAGGGGAAAAGCAAAUUAGUUCAAAGGAUUUUGUGCUGCGUCUGUGCACAGCUUACACGCAGAAAUUACAAGCUUUUGUUAAGAGCUGGUUGGUGCUAAGUAGAUACAAGAGACACUCUGGAGCAUGGUACUGUGGGAAGAUUUAUACCUAAGUAUGCCUUUCUCCACAAAACUAAGGAAGCUUUCCAAUGUCUGAAACAGCAACAAUUUAAUGGUUCACAGGUGCCAGGACAGAAUUUGAACAAGUUUUUAAGAUUAAGCAAGUUUCAUAAGUGAAUGGAAAACACACAGGAUAUAGGACAAAUCUCUUUGAAAACUAAAACCAUAUGCCAUGUAAAAGUGUUUCAGUUACAAGACUCAAAAUAAUAGCUACAGGAUAUGUUAAGAACAAAACAUAAUGAAGUGUUGGCAACUCCUUACAUACCUAACAUUGCUUCUCUCGACCACACAUGUUUUGCUGCAAGUUUCAUAGCUUAAAGAAUAUAAUUAAAAAAGGGUAUGACCAGUUCAACAUUCCCAUUUUCAGAAAAACUUUAAGGAAGGGUUUGGUUGAGUGUCACAAAUUAUCACUGUGCUCCAAACAGGUGACUCUUAAAGAGUUCAGUGGCAGCACUUGGGGGAUAUGGUUGCACUGCAAAUCGCAGGGCAACAGACCAUACUGAAUUAUCUGCUGCAGCUAGAUUGCCUCUGAUAUCCAGGCUUGCUCAUUUCUACAGCUAACUGGUACCUCCUAAACCAUGCUAUAUUCUAUGCAAUUUGCUUUUGACAAUU